AUGCGUAUAGGCAUGGAGAUAAACCAGCCUCAGAGGAUCUCUGAAGCUAAGCUCCUGGGAGAACUGUAUAACUAUAGGAUGAUUGAGAGUAAUAGUAUUUUCAAUUCUCUUUAUCUUGUUAUCUCCUUCGGAGCUCUUCCUGAUGGAACGAACCCGAUUGACCAGCCUGCUGACAUGAUAAGAAAUAGAAUAGUUAUCACUAUACUGGAGACUUGUGGGCAAUAUUUCGAGAAGGGGUCUCUUAAGAAGAAGUGUGAUAUCUUCUUACUUUUCUUCCAGAAAUACCUGUUUACGAAAGUACAGCCGCUCCCAAUAGACGUGGAGUACAGCAUACAGGAUACUCUGGAAAGUAUCCUACUUAACAUUACCAUGUACCCUUCUGUGGCUGAGGUGGAUCUAGCUAUUGCUGAGAUAUCUCCGCAACUGAAGAACCUUCUAGGUACCUGGUGA